AUGGUGACCCUGAUGCCUUGUGGGUAUCUCGGCGGCGCUUCACCGCGCUGCAAUUUGGAUCACGAGCCUAAGGCAAAACGAUCCAGACCCGACUCGGGCACUGAUGUACGGUUAUCAAGCGAAGUCAAUACAAGUCCAUGCGAAUCAGAAUCGACGUCUGACUCACCGCCGUCACUGCUACAGGAUGCUACAUUGCCAGCACUUCUAGUAUCAGGAGCGACGACAUUAUUCCAAAAUACCACAACAUCAACCAACAACGGUCUAAGUUUAACAGCUGUCGACAGCUUAGGUUUAGCAAACAAUUCAGAAGUAGAGAGUUGUAGCUUAGCGAACGGAUGCUCCGCGAGUUCCUCGCUAGCCGGCUUGGCUCUACCCUUAACGUCGUCUGGCGGACUGUGUUCAACAACAUCGUCGUCCGCAGUCGCCUGGUUGAUGAAUGAGGAUAGUACGGGUGGUGGCGUCAAGAGCGAGGUGCGCAGCCCAGGGCUGUGCGAAGCAGACGUGGCGUUGUACGGUGAAUCAUUGCCAUACGACCAGUCCACGCUGCCUUACCAGUAUUAUAAUAGUAUGCAGCAGUAUGGCGGCGGCGGAACGGCAUCGUCGUACGUCAGCUCGACAUUGUACAACCAACCUUACGCGGCAUAUCCACCGCCGCAUAACGCUAAUAACAGGUCGUCUUGCAAAGCGACGCCGACGUAUCUCAGCUAUGGUGUAGGUAGUGUGGGUUCAGUUCCAAGUAACUUCGCAGCGCAACCUUCUCCGUACUACCCGUCUUAUAAUGGCGGGUUGACGCAAUCUUUUACAAACCCUCAACAGGAUUAUAGUAGCUACGCUACUGGCUACGCAGACCAUAGUGUUGCGCAGUAUGGCGGUUACUAUGCAACACCUAGUUAUUCCCCUUAUGUCUCCUCACCAAGUAGUAGUGGGAGUGCAGGACACACAUCAUAUCAUCUUGGAGGGGCUUUAUCAGUAAAUAUGGUUAGAGAAAACGAUGGUGUUCCUAAUAAACGUAGAAAAACAGAAGAUCAAACUGAUUCUUUAGUUGAUUAUGACGAUAAUUCAGAUUAUUGGCCAGAUUCAGAUAGCGAUGAUGAGUCCCCCUCUUCAAUGUUGCCCACAUUAAAUGAUACACCUCUAUCUCCAAUAAAAAAUGAAGUACAUGCUGCAAGUCGGAGAUGUCGAGAAAAUUCAGGUGAAAGUACAGCAAGUAGGUCACGAGGGAGAGGUCGACGUAAUACAUCAUCGUCCCCUGCACAACAUGUACCAGAACCUACAACUGAGAGGGUUUUUAUUUGGGAUUUAGAUGAAACUAUCAUUAUAUUUCAUACAUUACUCACUGGAACAUAUGCACCUAAGUACAAUAAGGAUACACAACAAAUAAUGCAAUUAGGAUUCCGAAUGGAAGAAAUGAUAUUUAGUUUAGCUGACACACAUUUCUUCUUUAAUGAUGUAGAGGACUGCGACCAGGAGCACAUAGACGCGGUGGCGGCAGACGACAACGGCCAAGACCUCUCCGCAUACAACUUCGCCUCGGACGGCUUCCACGCGAGCGCCGCGCCCAACACGGGGCUCUGCGCGCCUGGUGUACGGGGCGGGGUCGAUUGGAUGCGCAAACUCGCCUUCCGAUACCGCAAAAUAAAGGACACAUACAAUAAUUAUAGGAAUAGCGUUGGUGGUUUACUUGGACCAGCGAAAAGAGAACAAUGGCUUCAACUCAGGGCGGAAAUAGAGCAAGCGACAGACAACUGGCUCACACUCGCCUGCAAAUGUCUUAAUAUGAUUAAUUCUAGAGAAAAUUGCGUGAACGUGCUAGUGACGACGACGCAACUCGUUCCAGCGCUCGCCAAAGUUCUUUUAUUUGGACUUGGUGGUGUGUUCCCUAUUGAAAAUAUAUAUUCUGCGACAAAAACAGGAAAAGAAACAUGCUUCGAAAAGAUAAAACAACGUUUCGGUGAACGAUGCACAUACGUAGUGAUAGGGGACGGACAGGACGAAGAGGCCGCGGCCAAAGCGAAGAACUAUCCCUUCUGGCGGAUAUCCGGACAUUCGGAUAUAGCCGCAUUAUACAACGCCCUAGACAUGGGCUUCUUA